CUGUCACAUUUUGUUUUACAGAUAUUGGGGAAAAAUAAUAGCUGCCGGUUCCAUAACAUCCAAACUUUUGCUCCUAGGAUAAAAAUUACCGCGAAUAUAUUAAAAAUUUGAAUAACACGUUAUAGUAUGGCCGCGUUGGACCCCACAUUUGUUAAUAUCAGCGAUGAUCAAGGGAAUAAAGAGGUGAACGAAUGGAUUAGAUUUGGAAUGCGACUGGCGGUAAGCGCCGCACUUCACCCAUUUGAAUACUCAAAGGUACUUAUUCAACUGGGGUAUGAACCCAUACCGCCCCGCCCUGGCACAUCUUUCUUAGGUAGACCGAUAAUGGUGUUGCCGAAUAUCUUUCAGUACGCUGGAUACAUCAGGAAAAUGGAUGGAUUCUAUGGCUGCUACCGUGGCCUUGCACCUAAGUUGGUAGGCUCAAUUGUGAGCAUGAUCUUCAGUGAGAAAAUUGCAGACAGAGUGGGCCUUCCAGAGGUCGAUGAUAAAGACAAAGAUGACAAUAACCUCACGGAUGAAGAACUCUACAUUCAAUUCAAAGUUAAUCUAAAGCGGGAUGUAGUGUUGAGCGUAUCUGGAAUUAUUGUAUCGCAACCCUUCCAUGUUAUAUCACUGCGAAUGAUGGCGCAAUUUAUUGGUCGAGAAAAACUGUAUUCAUCGAUUUUCGGUUCUAUUAAAGAGAUUUAUAAAACGGAAGGAGUUUUAGGCUUUUUUGCUGGUUUAGUUCCAAAACUACUUUGCGACGUAGUCUGCCUGGUACUUACAAGCACGACAGUGUUCGUUCUGAAUAAAUAUGCCAUCAAGGACAAAAUCGGUAGACAGUAUAAUGCAGGUUUUGUGCAGUUCGCUUUCUCAAGCAUUCUUUAUCCGCUGCAAGUGGUCUCUACCUGCAUGUCAGUAACAAGCUCGCGUUUAAUGGCAGGAAGACCACCGGUGAUGCCAAAAUACAAAAACUGGGUUGAUUGUUGGAAUGACUUGCAAACGCGUGGCGAACUCAAGCGCGGCAGCUCAUUAUUUUGGAGGUCUGUUGGAGUCUCUUCAAAAGUGCUCACUGUUGGAAAGCGCGGUGACUUUCCACCCUUACCUACUAUUGCAAAAUAUCAAUAAGUCAAGCAUUUGAAUUAUUACCUCCAUCACUGAGUAACGAUGCAUUUCAAAUGUAAUUUUUGCUGUUGAUUUCAACGCAAUUUCAAUAAACUAACAGCAUUUGUUGAUGAGCAUUUUCAGAAAAUGAGAAAAAUGAGACAAAUUACAAACAACAUUGGCAGCACCGUGAAGCGGCGUCUGAUAUUCAAUGAAUGCAAAUGUGUUUAUUAUUAAUACUUUUUUAAAUUGAUGUAUAAAUAUUGAUUACGGCCUGUUUCUGUUGACUGUAGCUUAAAUUAAAUGCACUUGGUGUACUAAAAUAUAUUUUCAAUAUUUGUGAUUAUCUGCAUACAACUGAUCGAAAAAAAGAAAUAAGCGAAUCUAAAGAACUCCCCCUAGUUGGAAGUAAAAUAAAACUGCCUUUGUUUUGUUUUAA